GUCAUUUUUGUUUAUUUUUCUUUCGCUUUUCAUUUCAAUUUUUUGCAUAUAAAAAUAGAGAGAUUUUGAAUCGGUUUUUAAGAAAUUUAUUUCAUUUCUGUUCAAAACAAACCAAAACAACAAUGAGCCAACCAAUCCUAGGAUAUUGGGAUAUUCGUGGUUAUGCACAACCAAUUAGGUUGUUAUUGACCUAUUCGGGUGUUGAUUUUGUUGAUAAACGUUAUCAAAUUGGACCGGCCCCAGACUUCGAUCGUUCGCAAUGGCUGAAUGAAAAAUUCAAUUUAGGGUUAGAUUUUCCAAAUCUGCCAUAUUACAUUGAUGGCGAUAUGAAGAUGACACAAACAUUUGCCAUACUGCGUUACUUGGGACGUAAAUACAAACUGAAUGGAAGUAAUGAUCAUGAAGAGAUUCGUAUUUCCAUGGCUGAACAACAAACCAAAGAUAUGAUGGCAGCAAUGAUUCGUGUUUGUUAUGAUGCCAAUUGUGACAAACUCAAGCCUGAUUAUCUCAAAUCAUUGCCCGAUUGCUUGAAAUUGAUGUCCAAGUUUGUUGGUGAACAUGCAUUUGUUGCCGGUGCCAAUAUUUCCUAUGUUGAUUUUUAUCUUUAUGAAUAUUUGUGCCGUGUCAAGGUGAUGGUGCCCGAAGUAUUCGGUCAGUUUGAAAAUCUGAAAAGAUAUGUAGAGCGUAUGGAAUCGUUACCACGUGUAUCGGACUAUAUUAAAAAACAACAGCCAAAAACAUUCAAUGCACCAACCUCUAAAUGGAAUGCUUCAUAUGCCUGAGUGUGUGAUUGACUGAUCAAUAUUUUUCUUGAAAUCGGUAGAUUUAGAAUUUCUUUCUUUUCCCAAAAAUUCUUGAAAAUAGAAAUAAAUUUUGCUCAAAUGCA